UUCAUUAUUCAAUGCACAGAUACACUAUAGAGACGGUCAUGCGGUGCUAAAGCUAAGCUAACGUCGACUAGAAUAAGAUUCUGAUUCGAUUUCUGCAAUAUGUAUCGUAUAAGUAUAUAUAUAUUGGGGACCGUAACCUCAAACCAUCACACUGAUGCAGCAAGUGCAGACAGCGGAACUUGUUUAUGGAAUGAAAUUUAAAACGUUAGACAUAUUUCAGAAUCAUGGUUUACCUACAUUUUCCAUCAAAUUUAACAGAAGAAGAGAUUAUGCUUCAAGCAAAAUAUAAUAAAUUAAAAAGAAAGAAAAAGGCGCUGCAAGAUUUGAAAACACCAAAACCUGAACCAGAGCGUAUUCCUCAAGCACCAAAACGUCCAACAGAAGCCAGAGAUGCUCGGGAAGUAGCUAAAAAGUUGAUCAAAUCUGGAGUUAUAACAGCUCCAAAAACUCCAAAACGUCCUGAACAAGCAUUCAAAAGACCUCGUGGUUUAGAAAGAAAAUUAAAUAGUACAGAGAAGACUGUUUCUUCUUAUCAACCUUUUUCAGCAACACAACCAGAAGAGGAUGAUACAGAACCAUCAAGGCCUAAGGUAGUAAAAGGAUUGUAUGAUAGUUUUGUAUCCGCUACUGAUACAGAAGAUCGAGGUGCUCCUGAAAAGUCUAUAUCUUCUAAACCAAAUGAAACCAAGCCUAUCAAAGGCAAUACAAUAUUUGUUUCUGGAUAUAAAAUAUCAGAAGAUUUUCUUAAGAAACACUUUUCAACUUUUGGAAAUAUUUUAAAAAUUACUAUGGAGGCUGAAAAAAAAGGAUUCAUUACUUUUGAAAAACCAGAAUCGGCUGAACGUGCGAUAAGUGAAAUGGAUGGAAUAAUGGCUUCAUCAAUUCAAUUGAAAGUUUCAAUGGCAAGAAGACAACCAGUGAUCGAUCCAAUAAAUGACACAACUUCUAGUUCAAUGUGGUCUACCUUGGCAGCAAGUUACACGCAAAAGAGUGCACAUAAAGAUAAACGGGAUAUAAAAGUUUAUGAUGAUGAACUCUUCCAAUGAAUCUAUUAAUAAUAAAACACUCUACAUUUAUAUUAUGUUAGGUAGUUUAGAAUACAUAUGGAAGUAUUUUCAUUUUUUUGUUAUUAAGUAUUUGACUGUAUCUUAAAGGACGAAUGGAAAUUAUAGAAUAGGAUAGAAAUUCAUAUUAUUUUUAAUAGAGAAGGUUUAUAAAUAUAGGUUUUGUAUAUUAUAUCUGUAUAAGUCUGUAUAAAAUUUUCUAAAUUUAUUUAAAAGUUUGUGAUCAAGAAUUCAAACCAUGUUUAUUAUCACAAAUUUUUCUAUAUAUACUUGUAAUAAAAAAAUAUAUAUAGCUAUUACAUAAUUAAAUUAUCAACUUUA